AUGGCAGGCAGGAGGACGACGGGGCUGCUCUGCGCGGCGUUGCUGCUGCUGCUCUGCGUGUCCGAGCGCUUCCAGGGCGCUACCUGCGGCGGUGGAGGGGGCGAAGGUGGAGGUGGUGGGAGGGGAGGCGGUGGCGGUGCAGGCGCCGGUGAAGAAGGUGGAGAAGGAGGGACCGGUGGAGGAGGCACCAGUGAAGACGGAGGAGGGAACGGCUGGGGCUGGCUUGGGAUUCCUGACGGGACGGCCGCUGCCGCCGGGCCGGUACCCGAUGAGAGCGACGCACCUUGCCCCGCCGCCUGGAGAGUCUACUGCGCCGGCGCCGUCCUUGUUGUGGCCGCUGCGCUUGUCUGGUGA